GUGACUGCAUGGUUUGGAAUCUGGACAGGCUUGUUUGAGAGCAUGGCUACAAAAAGAAGACAAAUACAUGCAUUAGUUAAUCAAAAAAUAUUUAAAGAAAGUGAAGAAUCUACAGUUCAGAGAGAAAAGGAUUCUGUCACUAGCAAAUACUUCCUAAAUGAGAACAUUCGUCUUUCAUCUGACUUUUAUGAAAAGCCCUGCAUUGAUUUGGCUAAAUCUUUUUUAGGACAGAUUUUGGUUCGUAAGCUGCCAGAUGGAUUAGAACUUCGGGGCAAGAUUGUUGAAACAGAGUCCUAUUUAGGAGGUGAAGAUGAAGCUUCACAUUCAAGAGGCGGCAAGCGAACAGAGAGAAAUGUUGCAAUGUACAUGAAGCCUGGGACAAUUUAUGUGUAUCAGAUUUAUGGAGUAUACUUCUGUAUGAAUAUUUCCAGUAAGGGAGAUGGUGCAGCAGUUCUUUUACGAUCUCUAGAGCCUAUAGAAGGUCUUGAUGAAAUGAGGAACUUAAGAAGUGUUCGAAGAAAUGCAUCAAAGUCAUUAAAGAACAAAGAACUUUGUAAUGGUCCCUCAAAACUCUGUCAGGCUUUGGAUAUUAAUAAGAGUUUCGACCGUGGAGAUCUAGCCAGUGACCCAAAUGCAUGGUUAGAGGCAGGGUCAGAUGUAAGAGAGGAGGACAUUGUAUCUUGCGCACGAAUUGGGAUUGGUUAUGCAGGAGAGUGGAAACACAAAUCUCUGCGUUUUUAUAUUAAAGGUAAUCAGUAUGUCAGUGUGCGGGAUAAAGCUGCAGAGAGUGUUAUGACAUCUGUUCAUACAAGUUUACUUGUUGAUAACAAAUGAACCAUAUUUACUGUGUCUUGUGCAUGA